GAAAGAUUAUGUGUAAGAUAUUGGUGCUUUCUUUGCUUGUAAUAGGGUUUAUCUUUGGUGAUUUGAUGAAUCACAUUGACGGCAACUUCUUUUCUAAUUACACUUCUAAAUAUUUUAUAUAUUUGGAAUUGUUCCAAAUCAUUACAAUAUUCAUUUGUUGUCUCUUUGCUUUCGUUUGGUGGUAAUAGGAGUCUCUUUGAAGCUAAAUGUGUAAAUAUUAUUCUUAUGUUUUUUUCGUACACUUGCUUAAGCUUUCUUUCUUCCCUGAGUUUGGUUGUCUAUAUGCUUAUGAUAAGUUUUUUUUUUCCCUCUGUUGCUUCUUUCUCACACUUUCCAUUGGUCUUCAUGUACUAUUUGUCAGAUUCUUCAAAGAAGCAAUCAUAACGCAAUUGAUUAUAUCCCCAAAAGAAAAGGUUUUUAAACUCCAAAAAUGCAGACUCCAAAAUCAAGGUGAUGAUCACAACUCUAACUUUGUGUUCUUGUUGUGAAUGUUGUUGGAGUUAUUGAUCUGUUUCAAAGUGAUUGUGAUUGUGUGUGAUAGGCCAGGAUCAUUGGAGCUGCCACAAAAGAAGUCUCCUUUACCAGCUCCCAAAGUUGUUAGGAGACUCAAACCAAGCGGAGCAGAAUCCGAUCCAAAAACCAAGACAAUAUCGAAAACUCAAAUCCCGAAAGUAGUAGCUGAUCGUCGCUCUGCAAGAAUCCCUCUCAAUGAGAUUCAGAAGAAGCGGACGGGAAGGAUACCGGAACUGGAAUCUACGAUAUCUCAGCUUCAAGAAGAGCUUAAGAAGGCAAAAGAAGAGCUAAACAGAUCAGAAGCAUUGAAAAGAGAAGCUCAAGAAGAAGCUGAAGAUGCCAAGCAUCAGUUAAUGGAUAUCAAUGCCUCGGAAGAUUCAAGAAUUGAGGAGCUGCGUAAACUCUCGCAGGAGCGAGACAAGACAUGGCAGUCUGAACUUGAAGCUAUGCAGAGACAACACGGAAUGGAUUCUACCGCUCUGUCUUCUGCCAUUAACGAAGUUCAGAAACUGAAAUCGAAGCUCUUUGAGUCCGAGUCUGAGUUAGAGCAGUCUAAGUAUGAGGUAAGGUCUUUAGAGAAACUCGUCAGACAGCUCGAGGAAGAAAGAGUAAACAGUAGAGACUCUUCAUCAUCAAUGGAAGUGGAAGAGCUGAAAGAAGCAAUGAAUCUUUCAAGGCAAGAGAUAACACAAUUGAAAUCUGCAGUUGAAGCAGCAGAGACAAGGUAUCAAGAAGAGUAUAUACAGAGCACAUUGCAGAUAAGAAGCGCAUACGAACAAACAGAGGCGGUUAAAUCAAGAUAUUCACAGAGAGAAGCAGAGUUAACGGAAGAAUUGAACAGAACCAAAGAUGAAAUCGAAGGUUUGCGCAAAGAGUUAAUGGAGAAGGUGAAAGAAGACGAAUCUACGGGCGAUUUGAAGAAGCUAGAAUCGGAUUUGAUGGAAGUGAGAGGGAGUUUAAUGGAUAAAGAGAUGGAGUUGCAGAUUCUAAGGAGUGCAAUGGAGAAGAAAGUGGAAACCGCAAACACGGAAGCCAUGGAAGCUGAGCUUAAAAGAGUGAAGAUUCAAUGUGAGCAAUGGAGGAAAGCUGCUGAGACGGCAGCUUCUAUACUGAACAAUGAUGAGGAAAGAACAGAUUCUAUUGAGACUAGCAAAAUGUUGAAGAAGUUUGGUGUGUUACUCAAGAAAAACCAUAAGUAAUAAUAAUACUGAUUCUUUUUACUUGAUUUAAUAAAAAUGGCAUUAUUGUUGUAUGUAAAUUUAUAAAAUUUCGAUUUGUCUAAGUUUAAUUUUUUUGUUGAAACGUUGCCACAUUUGUUGAUGAAAUUUGUAUUGUGAAAUGUUGUUUGAAUUCAAUACUUGAAAAAUUAUACCUUACUUGUCUGAGUGUGAGCUGCUAGUAGCAAAUUUAG